ACCGGAAUCAGUGCGUGAUUCCGGGUUUUGUAAACUACCCCGGCUAUAAUUCUUUUCCAUUAGCGAGGUAGAGCAAACAUGUCGAACUUCGAUCUGCUCAGCCGGUUUUCACAGUAUUUAGAUCCGCAUUUAAUGCUGAAACUCUUGGAAUUUGUACAUUCCCAGAAGAUAUUCGAUGAAAAACAAAUACUGCGUGGAAAACUGGAGCUAAUUAAGAAGACUAAGAUGGUAGAUUACGCCAAAAAUCUACACGACAAAAUGUAUCCUUCACAAGAUAUAAGCAAAAGUUUUCAAGAAGAAAGAGAAAGCGUGUUGGAACAACUGGAAAUAUUGGAAUCUCGUGUUGAAAACAUUUCAAAAUUGAUGAAUCUCCCUGAGGUUAUAAACCAAAUUGAAACUGUGCGAGAUGGUAGUCAUUUGUAUGAAUACCUCGUCACUCGUCACGGCAUCAGCGAAAAUAUUACAGAAGACAUGUACAAUUAUGCCAAAUACCAGUUCGAAUGUGGAAACUAUGAAUUCACUAGUCAAUAUCUCUACUUUGUCAGUACCCUACUACCAACUAAUGACAAGCUCUACCUCAAUUCACUGUGGGGUAUCCUGGCUUCUGAAAUUCUUCUAGAAAACUUCGACACGGCUCUCGAAGAAUUAAACAGGUUGAGAGAAUAUAUCGACAACAACGCCUCUUUCUGGCCAGCCUUGCAGACCUUACAGCAGAGAACCUGGUUCGUUCACUGGUCCCUGUUCGUCUUCUUCAAACAUCGAGAUGGUCUGGACCUCGUCAUAGACCUACUUCUUUAUCAACCACCUUAUCUCAAUACGGUACAAACUGUAUGUCCUCAUAUUCUUCGAUACCUAACCACAGCUGUUAUUAUCAACAAGAGUCGCCGAAGAUCGGUUCUCAAGGAUUUGGUCAAAGUGAUCCAACAAGAGAGUUAUUCCUACAGAGACCCCAUCACCGAAUUUAUUGAAUGUCUCUAUGUCAAUUUUGAUUUCGAUGGUGCCCAGCAUAAACUUCUUGAAUGUGAAUCUGUUCUUUGCUACGAUUUCUUCUUGAGCAAUCUCGUAAACGAGUUCAUUGAGAACGCCCGUCUCCUCAUCUUUGAGAUUUUCUGUCGGAUCCACGAAUGCAUCAGCAUCAACAUGCUGUCGCAGAAGCUGAACAUGACACCCGAUGCCGCUGAACAGUGGAUUGUCAAUUUGAUCCGACAUGCCCGACUCGAUGCUAAAAUAGACUCUAAACUAGGUCACGUUGUCAUGGGAACAAAAGCCAUUUCCCCUUACCAGCAAGUAAUCGAGAAAACCAAAAAUUUGAACUCUCGUUCCCACUUCCUUGCACUAAAUAUACAUAAGAAACUAGGAUUAAAAAUCCCGGAAUCCAGUACUCAGUGGGGACAGGAUUAUUAUUAAUAUUUGAGAAAAUGACGGAUACUUAAUAUAUUAUCUACGUAUCUGUCUGUCUAUGUAUCGAUGUAUCUAUCUAUCUAUUUAUAUAUAUAUA